UGGAGCUCGCCGGUAUGCCUCGACAACACCUGUGAAAUCUACACCCGGCACACCCGAGAGGCGCGUGCAGAUGGACCCAUGGGACGCUUCUACACGCCCUAUGUCCAGCCGAGGCGAGGCGCCCUCGUCGGAGAUGCGGUCUACUUCACUGUUCGGCGGGGCAACGCAAUCGUCAAGUAUGACUUGGGAAAGGACCGCUUAUCCAUGAUUGACCCGCCGCAACAUUGCUUGGUGCACGGCAUUGCUGUCACGGCAGUGGAGAACUACACUUCACUGGGCUUUACCUGCAUUCAGGAUUCCACCCUUCAUACGUGGUCAAGGAAGGGGGAUACAGAAGAAACUGCAGAAUGGGUACAAUACAGGGUCAUCGAGCUGGAGAAAACAAUACCUGUUACCAAUCCUGAAGACGAACGAUCCGUGGUCGGCUUUGCAGAGGGUGUGGGUGUCAUCUUCGUUUGCUCAGGUGCUGGCUUAUUCAUGAUCAAGCUCAAUUCUGGGCAGGUUAAGAAGGUUGAUGAGCCCGGAGAAUACUUUAGCGUGCUGCCCUACAUGAGCUUCUACCUUCCAAAAACAGGCAAUGGUGGUGGACAUGAUGCUACUGAUCUUCUGCACAGUACUUAAGAGGAUUGCCCAGUUAGAUAUGCUGUUGUGAUGUACUGGUUGGGCAGGUAAGUUUAUGUUCUGCAUGUAUGUUGAGUUAUCGGAUCUGUUCCAUCAAAUAAUGUACUGCUAUCCUUUCCUUAUGUUAGUGUAGUCUCUUCUCCCUCUAGACCCUCCAAUGACCGAUGACUUAGAACCAUUCCUCAUUCUCUAUUGACAUGCUAAG